AUGGGUGAGGAUAUUGAAUUCAGCACACCAAAUGAUGAACAGCAGCGAAGAAGUAGAAGAGUUGACUUUGAUUUGAAUGAGGAAGUGCCUGACAUAUUUUUGGAGGAGGAGUCAGGACAGUUAGUUGAAUUGUGCAACGAGGAUAACAUUGUUGAGGAAUGUGUAAGUGGAUCAUUUACAUCAAAUAAUACAUCAAAUAAUAAGGUUGAUGUUCCUAAUGUUGGCAUGGUAUUUGGUACAUGGGAUGAGAUUGACGAAUGCUUUGUGAAAUACGGGAAACAAGAGGGUUUUGGUGUUCGUAGGGUAGGUGGUGGUAGUAGUAUGCAAAAGAAAGAGAAGGUGAAGGUUAUGCGUAAUUAUACGUGGAGAUGUGAGUGUGAAGGUGAACCAGACGGGAAGCGAACGGUGGAUGGUAAGCGGUUAACAGUUGGGAAAAAGGGUGUGGACGUAUCUAGUAGGAAGACGAAGAAGUGCAAUUGUCCUGUGAUGAUAUAUGCUAGUGUAAAUGAAGAAGGGUUAUGGGAAAUAAGGAAAGCAAUAUUACAACAUGAAAAUCAUAAUCCUACACCUAGCAAGGUUAGAAACAUAAGCAAAUUUCGACAAGAAGAAGUUAGUUGUGCUGUGCGGAGGAAGUUGUUUAAUGAUAAAGCUGCUGGAGUGAGUAUAUCUCAAAUACACAAAUCCAUUGCUACGGAUAGGAAUGGACUCGAGAAUAUGCCAAUAACUGAGAGGGACUUGCGUAACAUAGUAGCAAAGGAGCGUAGAUUGAAAUUUAAGGGCGGAGAUGCUAAUGCCAUGUUGAGUUAUUUUGACAGAAUGACAGAUGAUAACCAACAAUUCUUUCACAUGCAUCGUUUAGAUGAUGAAGGUCACAUGAAAGAUGUAUUGUGGGUUGAUGCGAGAAGUCGUGCAGCGUAUGAGUAUUUUGGGGACGUUGUAUGUUUUGACGCUACUUACCUUACUAAUGAUUAUGCACUUCCUUUUGCUAAUUUUGUGGGAGUAAAUCACCAUGAUCAAAGUAUAUUACUAGGAUGUGCUUUAGUAUCUCACGAAGAUGCGGAAACUUAUACUUGGGUCUUUAGUACUUGGGUGAAGUGUAUGGGUGGUAAAGCGCCUAAUUGUUUUCUUACCGAUCAAGAUGCUGCAAUGAGGAAGGCGUUGGUGAAUGCUAUGCCCGGCACUAGCCACCGUUGGUGUUUAUGGCACAUUCUUAUGAAGUUUGGUAAGAAGCUGGGUAAGUACGCGCUUUAUAAGGAGUUCAAAAGGGUACUUCUUGAUGCCAUAUAUGACAGUGUUUCAGCUGAAGAAUAUGAAGUUGAAUGGUGUGCUGCAAUAUCAAAAUACGGACUCGGGGAAGAUAAGUGGCUUGAAGGUUUGUAUAAGGAGAGGAUGAUGUGGGCUCCGGCAUAUAUGAGGCACAUGUUUUGGGCUGAACAAUACUGCAAUGCUAUGGAGAGUACGGCAAAUUCUGAGAAAGUAGCAGACGCAAAUAGUAUUAGGUACGUAAGACAACUUGCUACUGAUUGUAAAGCGGAGCCUGUGUUCCAAAAAUUAUACACAGAUGGUAAGUUUAAGGAAGUGCAAGCGGAGUGUCUCAAAAUGUUGUACGUCCAUUGGAGAGGGGUUCAAAAAUUAACAUACAAUAUAGAGGAGCACACAUUUGCAGAUAGAAUAUGGGUUAUAUGCAAGGAUACUAAGAAGGAGGCGGCUUAUUGUGGUGAAGUUGAUCUAGUAGUCGAUGCACUUAAGGUUCUUGAUGAUCGCAUAAAUGAGAGGAAGGCAUUGAAGAUGACUAGUAAUGGACCAAAAGAAGGCACUCCUUCAUCUGUGGGUAAUAAUACAAUUAGACAGGAUGUUACUCCUGGUUCGGUUGAUGAUGAUGAAGAAGCCUGCAAUUCAGAGAGCGAUGACGAUGAAUGUCAUGAAUUAGGGGGACAGGUUAAUAUAUGGUCAGGGUCGAUUUAA